UCCCUCUCUUCAUACCGAGACCCCUCAUCCAGACUGAGACUGUCUCCAGCACCAACACACCACUCCCCUCACCCCGCCCUUGCCCCGCCCCACCCAGACAUGGCUACUUCUAAGAGUGGCUACGAGGGCAAGAUCGCCGGCCUCUACGACCUGGAUCGCACGCUGGGGAAAGGCCACUUCGCCGUGGUAAAGCUGGCCCGCCACGUCUUCACAGGCCAGCUGGUGGCGGUCAAGGUGAUUGACAAGACCAAGUUGGACACCAUGGCGACGGGCCACCUGCUGCAGGAGGUGCGCUGUAUGAAGCUGGUGCAGCACCCCAACGUGGUGCGGCUCUACGAGGUCAUUGACACCGCCACCAAGCUCUACCUCAUCCUGGAGCUGGGCGAUGGAGGGGACAUGUAUGACUAUAUCCUGCGCCACGAGGGUGGAGUGGCCGAGGACACUGCUAAAGUUCACUUUGCCCAGAUCGUCCAGUCCAUCUCCUACUGCCACCGGCUCCAUGUGGUGCACCGAGACCUCAAGCCAGAGAAUGUGGUAUUCUUCAGGCAGCAGGGAACAGUCAAGCUGACCGACUUCGGCUUCAGCAACCUAUUCAAGCCCGGGACCAUGCUGAUGACCAGCUGUGGUUCGCUGGCUUACUCCGCCCCAGAGAUCCUGCUGGGGGAUGAGUAUGACGCUCCGGCUGUAGAUAUUUGGUCACUGGGGGUGAUCCUCUUCAUGCUGGUGUGUGGACAGCCGCCUUUCCAGGAGACCAAUGACAGUGAGACGCUCACCAUGAUUAUGGACUGUCGCUACACCGUCCCCGCCCAUGUCUCCGCAGACUGUAAAGAUUUGAUCUCCCGUAUGCUGCAGAGGGACCCGUCUAGCCGUGCCUCCCUGGAGGAGAUCGAGAACCACUCCUGGCUACAGGGGGUCAACCCCUCCCCCACAGGGCACAGUGCCGCCCCCCUCACCUCCCACCACAGCCUGUCCCAGGAGGAACACGAGAUCAUCCUCCAAGCCAUGAUCAGCGGCAACAUCGCUUACCGCGAUGCCAUCCAACAGGCUCUAGAAGCGGAUCAAUACAACCACAUCACAGCCACGUAUUACCUGCUGGGGGAGCGCAUCCUGAGAGACAAGCAGGAGCAGCCCAGCGAGAUCCCGAAAGUCGACAGCACACAGAGGCCGCGGUCUGAGCCUCUGGAUCUGGAGCAGAGGGGGCUCCAUGGCCUCCUGGCUGGCUGUCCCCGCCGAGGGGUGUCUGAUGCUGGGGACUUCCUGACCCACAGGCCCCUGCUGCUUCAGCCACAGCCAAGUCGCACAGAGAGCCCCUUCCCUGAGUACAGCACAGAGCCCUGCCUGGGGCUCACCCUGCGCCCUUCACCCCCUGACGAACCGCCACAGGUCAAGAGCCUGGGAGCCCUGCAGCUCAUCUGUGAAGAGGAAGAGGAGGAGGAAGAUGAGGUGGAAGAGACAGGCAAACCACAUGUUGGACUUCAUAAUAUUCAAACACUGCCUCAUAUAAUAGGCUUUGUAUCAACCUCUGUGUCUACAGAACAGUCUAGUCCCAUGCUCACAGCUCCAGAGGCGCCACAGAGCCCAGUCAGAGUUGUCCCAGGUCAGGGAGAGGAAACAGGCCAGUUGGCCACCUCAGUGGAGGAAGCACUGGAGACAGAGAGGGGGGAGUGGGACAGGGAGCUGCAGGCCAGGGUUUCUAGCCACAGCAGAGAGAUGGAGCCUGACCAGGUGGCAGCCAGACAGGAACAGGAACAGGGUACGAUGGAGUCAGGGGAGAAGCCCAUGGAGGAAGGAGACAUGUCAUGUGACCUACUGAGGCUAGGUAGUCAUUUGACUUCAGACCAGCCAAUCAAUGGUAGUUCGAUCAGCCCUCACCCUCCAUACCUGCCUCGCCUCGGGGGGGUGCAGUGUUGUUGUGGGCAACAGGAAACUCCCAGCCCAGACAUCAUAGAAGGGGAAGAUGCUAUUCUUAACAACAACAACACCACCACAGAGUCCAAGCCUAAGCUCCUGGUGCAGGGUGGGGGGUCCACCCCAGGCGCCUCACCCCGCUCUCUGCCCCAUAACCACUGUGUGGACCUGGGCCCCGACGGGGUGGAGACGACCCGCAAGCUGGGAGGGCCUGGGGGGGACACUCCGGAGGAGCUUCAAUUAGAGAGAUCCCACAAUGCAUCACAGGGUCGCCUUGGGCCCAGGGAGACGGGGACCGACCCUACGUUCAGACUGGAUCCUGGAAAGGGGAAGAAUGUGAACCUGAGAGACCGCCUGCUGCAGUUCCCUCUCUGUGAGAAGGCCCUGUCCUUCAACAUCCAGCCCACCUCCAAGGAGAAACUCCUGCCCUUCGCCCAGUACAACUGCUGCCAUGUACUGUAGGCAGGGCCACCUGUUAAUACCCUAUAUUUCCCACAUUACUCACUCUAUCCCCUAGCCAAGUGGUAGGAAUGGGCAUCACUCCAGACACCCUCACACCAGGCCCAGACCCUGUCAAUGUUCCAUCUACUUCAACUUCAACACAAAACACUGGUGCAGACAGUAUGUAGCCUAUCUGAACUAUCAGUCUGCGUCCGACCUAAACUGAAUUAUCAUACUGUGACCUCAGACACGUUCCAGCCAAUUGUAGUUAUACCUGUGUAGCCCCCACCCUGACCUCUUUAUACUUACCGUCUACUGCUGCUUCCUUUGUGAGACAAAAACUGGACCUCAUUGUGCUGCUAUGUACUGGACUAUAGAAAAUGCUUUUUGUGUGGUCUUCUUAGACUGUCACUAUACACGGUAACUUUGUAUUGAUUGCUAUUUUAUUUGCCCUUGUAUCAUAGCUUUUCAUUUUGUACUAGCUUAUCUAGAACUGAGCCCAUUUUAGCAUAUGGUAUGUUGUCACUCUGAGGCCUGCUAGUACAGUGCUAUAAUUGGAAUGUGUAAGAUGAUGCAUGCUGUAUAGGUGAAAGCUACACUCCAUGCCUCAGGUGCCAUCCUGCGUUAGCUCAGCUAGCGGCCUGAUGGAAGGUGUGAUGAUGCUCUUGACAGUGUAGCUGGAAGCAUGGUAUCGUUUAAUGCUGGGGGUUACUUACGUCAAUGACAUUGUUGGUGCACUAAUGUGGGUGCAUUGUUGAAUCUCAGUGGUACACAGUAGUGUAGAGGAGAUGUGUCGGGCAGCGUUGCUCAUGGUCACGUGAUGAAGUAGCCCCGCUUGCGAACUUCAAAACCAGUGUCUGACCUUGGACCAAGGAGGAAUUUCCUCUUGGUCUAAUGGUCUAAGACGUUGGUUGCUCCCUAGGGAGACCCGGGAUGAUAUCCUGCAUGUUACAUUGGUGCCCAACGUGAGGCGAUCUCUCGUGGGGGAGGAGGUCAAAGGGGGUGAAUGUAGUGGACUUGUCGGGCUUGGUUGCUCAUGGUCACAUGAUGAGGUAACCCCGCCUGCAAACUUCAAAAUCAGGGUCUGCGUUCGGACCCGUGGGAGACCAUGGUUCAUAUCACGUGUGUUACAGUAGCAAGGCUUGGGAUCUAAACUGACUAUAAGAGCAACACCCAGGGAGAGAAACAUUUUUGGACAGAGUUUCAUAAUGGAGACUUAAAAAAUAUAUAUAUGAUAUGGUAUCAACUAAGUAAAUGCAGGUCUUCCAGAUUGUUUGUGUAUAUGUACUUUAUCCUUAUUCUUACAAAUGCUAUUGAACUCUUUUAUCAUAACUUUUUUUUUGUCGUAGAAGAGAGGUGUGUGAUUAUAACUAUUGUUUUGUGUUCGAAAUGUGACAGAAUUAAUCAUGAGUGAUCAUGAGUCUCAUGAGUGCCCAUACGAAGAAAAAAAAGACAUUUAAAAUAUAAAUUAUUGUUUUGAUAAAUUAUUUAGGAUACAUGUGAAAUUUUUUAAAUUGGCCAAAUAAUGUAUUUUUAUUUAUUGAAUACACUUUAAAUACAUUCCAACAUAAAUUACAGAAUAUAUUUAAAAGGUUUAUAUC